AUGUCGAGGCCUGCCACGGAAGACAGCCAGUAUGUUUGGGGCGAUGUGCCUGCCGACUUUAUCACAGAGGGCGGGAUCUACUCCCUGUGCUGGUGUCCAGGCAUGCAUGGUAUUUUAUGCGAUGACUUCGCUCAGUACCAACUGUCUGCAGGCGAGCUGACGGUGUUGGGCCCUCGUCAUGAUCACAACUUCCGGUGCGUGCGGGGUCAGGAUUGCGGCAGCAGCAAUCUGCGGCCCUUGCAAGGCCUUGGGCUGUCUCUGACGGACCGUGUUUCAAUUCGUUCUGGUGGCUGUGGAGCCGCAAGAACCAUCCAAAUCUCGCUGGCCAACCUCCACGGCAUCGCCAACGUCACGGAGAGCGUAAACGCGUCGUCCACGCAGGGCUCGAACACAUCCAUUCUCGGCCUCAGCUUCGGUGCUUCCGAUUUUACCCUGGGCCUUGAUCAUCGCUUGUCCAUUGAUGCCAGCGUGGUUGGCUACGACCUUUGCUGGUGUGGCCUCGCUUCCUGCGCGGUUGGGGACUUUGUGGUGCCGCUCGGACAGCUGAUUGUCCAAGGUGCUAGGACCAAUCAGGAGCUCCGCUGUCCAGUUGGGCAAGAAUGCUCUCUCAGCAGCAUCUUGACAGUGGACCCGCAGCCUGGCGACAGAUUGAUGGUGUUAACGGCAUGCGCCACGGGCGUGUCUGUGAAAGGCUUUCCGGGUGGUGGCGUUGCAGAGCACGAUGGCCUUGGCUUCGAAUUCUUGGCAAGCAAUGACUCGAGAGUCCUGCAGUCACCUGUCGGGAUUUUCCGGCUUUGCUUUUGCAGGCCGCAAUUAGGUCUGGUAGCUUGCGAUGCACCGGCAGACUUCCCGGCGGCGGUUGGGCUCAUGGUCAGCCAGGGCCCUUUCGACGAAACCACAGCUUGCAACGUGGGCGAUCUUUGCGUCAUCACUCUGUUCGGAAUCUGG